CGGCCAGUCGGGGGCGGCGGCGGCACGUGGAGCGCGGUCCCGGGACGGUUGGAGCCGAGCCCGGCGCUUCCCGAGGGAUCCCAGUGGAGCUGCCGACAUGCCCAAGGCGCGGGCCGGGAAGCGCUCGGACCGCCAGGAGGGCCGCGCCGGCGGCAUCCUCUUCAAUACCGGGGCCGGGCAGCACAUCCUGAAGAACCCCCUCGUUGUCAACAGCAUCAUCGAGAAGGCUGCUCUGCGCCGCACGGAUGUCGUUCUGGAAGUGGGCCCGGGAACCGGCAACCUGACAGUAAAGAUGUUGGAGAAAGUAAAAAAAGUUAUUGCAUGUGAAAUUGACCCUAGACUUGUUGGUGAACUUCAGAAGAGAGUCCAGGGCACGUGUCUGGCAAACAAGCUUGAAAUCAAGGUUGGAGAUAUCUUGAAAACAGACUUACCAUUCUUUAAUGCGUGUGUGGCUAACUUGCCUUACCAGAUUUCUUCACCUUUUGUUUUCAAGUUAUUGCUUCAUAGACCUUUUUUCAGGUGUGCAAUACUUAUGUUUCAAAGGGAAUUUGCACUUCGUUUGGUUGCAAAACCAGGAACUAAACUGUACUGCAGACUCUCCAUUAACACUCAGUUAUUAGCUCGAGUGGACCACCUGAUGAAGGUUGGAAAGAACAACUUCAGGCCUCCUCCCAAAGUUGAAUCCAGUGUUGUAAGAAUAGAGCCAAAGAACCCACCACCACCUAUCAACUUCCAGGAGUGGGAUGGUCUGGUAAGGAUAGCCUUUGUUAGGAAAAACAAGACACUUUCUGCAGCUUUUAAGUCAAGUGCUGUAGAGCAGUUGCUGGAUCAUAAUUACCGAAUUCAUUGUUCCUUACAUAAUACAGAAAUACCCGAAAAUUUCAAAAUUGCUGAGAAAAUACAGACAGUCCUAAAAGAUACAGGUUACUCUGAAAAACGAGCCCGUUCAAUGGAUAUAGAUGAUUUCAUUCGAUUGCUGCAUGGCUUCAAUUCAGAAGGCAUCCAUUUCUCAUAGAUCCUACUAGAAGAAUGACAGGUGUUGCUUUUUGUCACCAAAGUCUUACCUAAGCCAGAGUGACUGCAAUGGGACAAGCUCUUACGCUUGGACUCUUAUUAAAAUGUUAGAUGCGAUUUUAUCACAGACAGCAGGCAAGCUGUGCUGCCUGUAUUUUAAAAGCAGUGCAUUCUUUCACAACUGAAGCAAGGUGCUGGACUUCCUCAUGACAAGUGCAUUUCUAAAUAUACCCAAAACUGGCUUGAGGCUGCCACAAUUGAAAUCUAUGUUCUCUGAUUGUGGACUUCAUCUCAGUAUAUUCUUGCAUAAUACUCGACAGUACAACCCUGGUCUGGACAACAAAAGUGGAGUUGUGAUCAUUCCGUUUGUUUGUUUGUUUGUUUGUUUGUUUGUUUGUUUUAACAUGUAUUUAAACUCUUUUGAUUUGAAAUGCCUGUCUCUUCCAGUUGUCCUCUGGUAACUACCCAUAUUCCAAGUCUGUUAGUAAUUUGCCUCUCUUUGAGAAAUCCCAGUAACUGUUUCUCAGAAACAAGAGCAUUUAUCUUGUGGA